AUGUCUGAAAUUGAACAUCGAAUGUGUGAUCACCGGGUGUUUGUAUCGCACGAAGCGGCAAACGCUGAAUUACAAGCCGAACUGGAUGAGCUUCGACAGCAGAUCAAAUCAACUUCCGGCCAGCAUAACAGUAACCUCGGUAUACAAACACUUUCAGGUUGCGAGUCAAUCCAUUCAGAGUCCCUCUCCGCAAAAUCCGGUAAUGCGAACGGUGGCUAUUUGCCCUCAAGCCCAUCUUCAAGAAUCUGCUACGAUCUACUGCGCUCGGCAGAAUCGGUGUCAAUGGAGAGUCCGCAAGGUGUACUCUCUCAGAACGUAGAAGAGGUCAGCAAUGUUGCCGAGGGAAAUCCCCCAACAUUGCCUCGAAGCUUGCAAGCUAUCUCCUGCUCGGAAACUGAAAUUGAUGACUGCUUUGCGCUGUUCUUCAAGCGGCACCAAGUCCAUAUGCCCUUUCUCGAUCCCGAGUUAACACCCAACAACUAUUACGAACGGUCCGAGCUUCUCUUCUGGACCAUUGUUGGCAUUGGCUCACGUAAAUACUCCAAAAACCCGACGCUCAUCACUCUCUUAGCACCCAAGGUGAUUGAACAGGUCCAAUCGGCGUUAUUUUCUCGAGACAAUGUCGUCUACACGAUACAGGCCUGCAUUUUACUCUGUGUCGACCCGAUGCCCUUUGAGGUAUCAAGUCACGAUAUCACCCACGUUUUGACAGGCGCUUCCAUGAAUAUGGCACUCAACAUCGGCCUUCAUACAGUAGGCACCGGCCAGGACUUCUCUCGCGAAUAUCUUCCAUUUGACCAAAAAGACGUCGAGUAUCGUGCGAAGCUGUGGAUCACAUGUAUGGUCACAUGUCAGAGAAUCUCUCAUAUUAAGGGUCUCCCUCCGCAAUCAUUCGCUGGGACGUACGAUCAAGGUCCUCAGUGGGAUACCAUAUCGUCGACAAUCCCUCCCAGCCAUCUAUUCCAAAUGAAACUCUGUCAGUCUCAGUCUGAAGCAAUCUUGGCCAUUAGCCGAGAGCUCAACGCGUCUGGUUCGGCGCUAGAGAUAACAAAUUCGUCGAGAAUAAAGGCCGCCAUCGACGAGAGGGUGGUGAUAAUGAAAUCUUUCCAGUCAUGGUGUCCUUCAAAUACUGAUCGAUUUUAUCUGCUCUGUGCAAUGCUCCAAUUGCAAGGGUUUCACUUUUACGUGCCGCUCAAGGAGAUGUCCCGCAACAAGCUUGUUGAAAUGUACGACCUUGCCUGCACGGCAGCCGAGCUGACCGUUCGUCUGGAUGAACAAGAGGACUACACCGAAAGCAUUCCUGGUUCGGUGCUGAUCUACCUGCAACUCGUAUCCUUCACAAUCCUCAAACUCAGCCGAGCCAAACACUUGCACUCUGAUUUGGAUCUUAAGCGAGGCCAGAAUGCGUAUUUCAGCCUGAUUCAGCUUCACAGGCGAGUCUUCGUGCUCUCCAACGAUGCCUGGUCUCGGGCGACGACCAUCAUGACACAGCUCUGGACGAGUAAGAACGCCUUCAGGCGCCGCAAUGGCACAUAUGAUAGCUUGUCGCUUCGCGUGCGGAAUCGGCUCGGGAUGGGUGUUGUUCACGACACGUGGUGGUGGUGGCGGCACGAAUUUUCCGGCUUCCCUGAUCCGUAUGAUCAUCCGUCCGAUGCAAUGCCCAAGCCGGCAUCAGAGUUGCCGCUAGCCACAGAAAAUGAUGUGAUUCCCAGAGACGAGGUAUUCGAGUGGCCGACGCAGUGGACGACAGCUUCUCAAGAUCAAAUGCUCCUCGACAUCAUGGAAAUGGAUCCAAGCAUCUGGUUUUCCCCUUCCGCUGCCGAGGAGGUUGCAAAAUAA